AUGAAAUUCAGCAGAUACAAUGUAAGGGACGCUAUCUACCGCAAUCGUAUGAAACUUCGGGGCUCCAAGGUCUACAUUCACGAGGAUCUUACAAGCUACAGAUCAUCUCUUAUUUUCAAGGCAAGAACCAGUGUCAACGUGAAGAAGACUUGGACAUCAGACGGCAAGAUAACUGCCUUCACCAACAAUGGAAGGAAAGUACGUAUUGCUUGUGAACGCGAUCUUGAAAAUCUUGACAGUCAUUCACGAUGUUCAAGUCUUUGUGAGUGCAAGCAGAGGAGGACUUUGGUCGAUGUGACAUGCACAGAUCUUGAUGAUAUGCCUCAGGAUCUCCCAUGCAACACUGGUUUGCUUGACUUGAAGAGCAAUUCAAUCACUGCACUCAAGAAGGAGUCAUUCUCAUGUCUCGGAAGCUUAAUUGAGCUUCUCCUGACCAACAACCGUAUUCGCUUAAUCGAGAAAGGAGUCUUCGAGGAUACAACCCAACUGCAGUAUAUUGAACUUGAUUCAAACUUCCUUCAAAGGGUUCCAUACCUUGGUACCUUACCGGCUCUCCUGAAGCUAUCAGUCAACAGGAAUUCUCUGAAAGAGUGGCAACAGCAGACCCUGCGUGAUCCAUCAGGUCAAUCACGAUGUUCAAAUCUUUGUGAGUGCAAGCAGGGGAGGACUUUGGUCGAUGUGACAUGCACAGAUCUUGAUGAUAUACCUCAGGAUCUCCCAUGCAACACUGUUUUGCUUGACUUGAAGAGCAAUUCAAUCACUGCACUCAAGAAGGAGUCAUUCUCAUGUCUCGGAAGCUUAAUUGAGCUUCUCCUGACCAACAACCGUAUUCGCUUAAUCGAGAAAGGAGUCUUCGAGGAUGCAACCCAACUGCAGUAUAUUGAACUUGAUUCAAACUCCCUUCAAAGGAUACCAUACCUUGGUACCUUACCGGCUCUCCUGAAACUAUCAGUCAACAGGAAUUCUCUGAAAGAGUGGCAACAGCAGACCCUGCGUGAUCCAUCAGGUCAUUCACGAUGUUCAAAUCUUUGUGAGUGCAAGCAGAGGAGGACUUUGGUCUAUGUGACAUGCACAGAUCUUGAUGAUAUGCCUCAGGAUCUCCCAUGCAACACUGUUUUGCUUGACUUGAAGAGCAAUUCAAUCACUGCUCUCAAGAAGGAGUCAUUCUCAUGUCUCGUAAGCUUGGUUGAGCUUCUCCUGUCCAACAACCGUAUUCACUUAAUCGAGAAAGGAGUCUUCGAGGAUGCAACCCAACUGGAGUACAUUGAACUUGAUUCAAAUUUCCUUCAAAGGAUACCAUACCUUGGUCCCUUACCGGCUCUCCUGAAAAUAUCAGUCACCAGGAAUUCUCUGAAAGAGUGGCAACAGCAGACCCUUCGUGAUCCAUCAGUUAUGGAAUGA